ACGUCUGUGGAGCCACUCCAUACGGACUCGCGGCUAACAGCAUAGAACAUGACAAGUUACAUUUAAAGUAAUGUUUCUUUAGCCUAGUAUUUCGCUUUGGGGUUUUGACCACGGCGCUCCUCUCACUACUAAAAAAAGAAAUGUUUAGGAUAGCUUCUGAACCGAGAACGCAGAAAGCAGGACGAGAGGACAACCACAAGUGGCGUCCACACCAUCCGUUCCACAUGUACACGACUUCCGAUGUACGAGCGCCUCAGUACAGAAUGUCUGAGACUUCUAACAAAAAUGGGUGGAGCCUUUAAAGACAUUAUUCCUAUACCCAGUGGAUACCCUGGUCAUGCCGCACAUCUCUAUGAUAAUACAAGCACAGAGGCUCAUUACAAGGUUGCAUUCCUGUAUAAUGCCACGCAUCAGAUUGUGAAUCUGUUCGAGAACAACACGGCAAAUAUCCCUGGCAGCUGGGACCAGACCAGUCUGGACAAUCUGCUCAACGUCCUCCACCGCCAGGAGAAAGACCUGCAGACCUGUGCUUGCCAAAACCACACAGGGAUCUUAAAACUCAGAGAGACACAGAGAGAAAAGGCAGAGAAACUACAGAGACACUUCCACAAAGUCCACCUCUUCCUCCAAGAGAAGAAUUACAGCCUGGAGUCUUGGGAGGUGGUGAGGAAGGAAGUGGAACGCCAUCUUAAGAGGAUGCUCUUCCUAGCCAUGAGCAUGCAGUAACUGGACUGGUACACUGCUGCUCCUGCUAACCAUCGACCUACACCUGGACUGCAGCGGCUUCUAGCUGCCCAGAACUGGACUGACCAUCGACCUACUGUAGAACUGGACUACCGCUUACAAGCUUAUAACUGGACUGCUACGUUUUUUAUCUGGAAAAAAUACUUGACAAAAAUGUAUUAUAUUUAAAAAACUUUUAUUUAUAUAAUUUAUGUAAGAUGGGAGAAAAUGCCUUGAAAAACAUGUUUGAAAAAAAAAUGUAUAUAGGAUGCUCUUCCAUUGACAUAUAAGUGACUAAAUGCUGUAGAGCAGGUCUCUACACCGAAUACUAGACUCUCACUGGACCAAUGCUAUGACUUGGACACUUAUAUGGACCUCAUGUCUAGUCUUCCCUUGAUUCAUUCCCUGUGAAAACACAUUCUGACAAUUUGCCUUGAACAAAUAUUAUUUAUUUUAUUUAUGUGAUGAAUAUUAUUUAUUGAUUGAGCUGUUAUGAUGUUUUUGUAAUGUUUUUGUACCAUUAAACCUUUCAUACUGUGAUGAGAUUCUGUGUUUCAGUUACCAUUUAACUUAAUGGGAAUUUUGUUUUUAACCGAUUCAGAUCUGAUAACUGAUGGGUUCUACGUAUAUGUUGUGGCAUAGAUUAUAUGAUGUCUUCAUAAUUUAUAUUGUAAGUUUGUUUGAAAAAAAAACCUCCAGCCAAUGGAACAUUUGUAAAUGCUGAAACCCUCUCCAGUUGACAUAUAUUUCAUUAAGAUAUAACAAUUCUUCACAUCAUAGUUUGUGGCAAUCUGGUAGCGCAGUCCAUGGAAAAGUGAAAAGAUAAGUCGAGAAAGAAACAAAUCCUGCUUCCUCAGUGACAGUUACUACAAACUACAAUGUAAAUAGAUGUAAAUAUAUGGACCUCAUGUCUAGUCUUUCCUUGAUACAUUCCCUAUGAAAACACAUGCUGACAAUUUGCCUUGAACAAAAAAUAUGUAUUUUAUUUAUGUGAUGAAUGUUAUUUAUUGAUUGAGCUGUUAUGAUGUUUUUGUAAUGUUUUUGUACCA